AUGCAUGUGUUACAGAAAAACCGAAUUUAGUGUGUUUGUGAGACGUCAUCAUUGUCGCAGAUGUGGUCGAGUUGUACUGUUGUUUGCGAUUCGUGUUCGACUAAAAGAAUGAAGGUGGUAACGUAUGAAGGUUUUGUUCGAGUCUGUGACCAGUGUUUCGAUUUCGAAGCUCAGUACGAGAACAUGGAUGACAGCGUAAGUGAAAAUUCUACCGCCACCAAUGACAGUUACAAAAAAAUGUGUUGGAAAUUAUCGUCAGAUAACGACAUGAAUACGUUGAUAAGGCAACAAGCUGCGUUUGAUUCUGCUCCGGAUAUCGAGCUGUGUUUAUCUAUACUCGAAUUACAUUCUGAAAGUAUCGCUGUCCCCAGGUAAU